GAUGUUUUGGACUUCAGUUCCUAUCAGCCCCAGGCAGCAAUGGGCUAGUUGGAGAGUCAGAGUCCAAAAGAACAUCUGCUCCAAUUUGGCAGGAUGGCGGAUUCCGAGUAUGUUCUGCCCAACGACGUCGGCAUCGCGACGCUGGACUGCGCGGAAGCCUUCCGGCUGUUGUCACCGGAGGAGAAACGCUACGCUCACUACCUCUCGCGGGCCUGCUGGUACGGGGGGCUCGUGGUCCUGCUGCAGACCUCACCGGAAGCACCUGCCAUCUACACCCUCAUCUCCAGGCUCUUCCGCGCCCAGGACCCCUCCCUGCUGGGGGAGCGGGCUCGCGCCAUCGGGCUGUCGGACGAAGAGUAUCAGGCAUUCCUGGUCUACGCCGCGGCCAUCUAUGCCAACAUGGGGAACUACAAGUCCUUUGGUGACACCAAGUUCGUGCCCAACCUUCCGAAGGAGAAGCUGAAGCAGCUGGUGUGGGCGAGCCAGGCCUUCGCAGAGCACCCAGACAAGAUGCAGGAGCUGUGGGACCGCUGUGGGGAGCGCAUGUUCUCCCUGGAGCCCUUGCAAAGGCACCUGGGGCUCAGGGGUGAGGGCAUCUCCACCUAUUUCUCCGCCAAUUGUGGCAUGGAAGAUGCGAAGCAAGCUCAGGAUUUCCUUGACUCCCAGAACAUCAGCGCCUACAACACGAGGCUUUUUAAGACGGAGGUCAACGGCAAAAUGAGCUACGAGGUACGCCUGGCUUCGGUGCUUGUAGACGAUUCCCAACUGGACACCGAGAUGACGUCCAAGGUGAAAUGCUUCCCGUUUGGCAGCUGCGUCUUCACGGUGACGCUCGGCGAUUAUUCCCCGCUCCUUCAGCGAGUCGUGGAGAACUUGCAGAAAGCCCAGCAACACGCCGCCAACCCCAUCCAGGCAGAAAUGCUGGCCCACUACAUCAACAGUUUCAUGCAGGGCUCCAUCACGGCCCACAAGGAGGGCUCCCGCUGCUGGAUCCGCGACAAGGGGCCCAUCGUGGAGAGCUACAUUGGUUUCAUUGAGAGCUACCGAGAUCCCUACGGUUCCCGGGGGGAAUUUGAAGGGUUCGUGGCCGUCGUGAACAAGGCCAUGAGUGCCAAGUUCGCUCGGCUGGUGGCUGCUGCGGAACGGCUGCUGGAGGAGCUUCCUUGGCCACGCGCCUUCGAGAAGGACACGUUCCUCAAGCCCGACUUCACCUCGCUCGACGUGCUGACCUUCGCCGGGAGCGGCAUUCCCGCCGGCAUCAACAUCCCGAAUUACGAUGACAUCCGCCAGUCUGACGGCUUCAAGAACGUCUCGCUGGGAAACGUCCUGGCCGUGGCCUAUUCCACGCAGAAGGAGAAGUUGACAUUCCUCGCGGAAGAGGACAAAGAUCUUUAUAUCAAGUGGAAGGGCCCAUCCUUCGAGGUUCAAGUUGGCCUCCAUGAACUCCUGGGUCACGGCAGCGGAAAGCUUUUUGUCCAGGAUGAUUUGGGAGCGUUCAACUUCGACCGGGAGGCAGUAAUCAACCCAGAGACGGGAGAGCAGAUUCGGAGCUGGUACCGAGGUGGGGAAACCUGGGACAGCAAGUUCUCGAGCGUCGCAUCCAGUUACGAGGAGUGUCGUGCGGAGUGUGUGGGCCUUUACCUCUGUCUGAACAAGGAGGUGCUGGAGAUCUUUGAAUUAAAAGGAGAUGAUGCAGAGGAUGUGAUUUAUAUUAACUGGCUGAACAUGGUGCGGGCCGGGCUGCUUGCCCUGGAAUUCUACACCCCGGAAUCUGCAUCAUGGAGGCAGGCUCACAUGCAGGCCCGCUUUGUCAUUUUGCGAGUCCUCCUGGAAGCGGGCGGGGGGCUGGUGUCCCUGCGCCACACCACGGGAGCCGACGGCAGACCCAACGCCGUCGUGUCGCUGGACCGCAGCAAGAUCGCCACCGUGGGGAAGCCUGCUCUGGAACGCUUCCUCCGCAAGCUGCAGGUGCUCAAAUCCACAGCGGAUGUGGCUGGCGGGCAUGCGCUUUACAAUGCGUACUCUGCAGUGACGGACGAAGGACCCGAGCGCUUCCUCAGCCUGCGGCACACCGUGUUGCUGCACAAGGAGGCCCGCAAGAUGUUUGUGCAAGCAAACACCCGCCUGGAAGGAGACGACGUCGUACUAAUGCAAUAUGACGGCAGCGCAGCCGGGCUGAUCCGGUCUUUCCGGGACCGCUUCCCCGAAGACGCCGAAGCCCUGGAGCAGCACCUGCUGGAACUGGCACGGGCCGACGCGCACUUCUGGGAGAGCUGAGCAGGCGCCCGGCCAGGCCCAUGGGCCGCUUCGCUCGGCCUGCUCCCUCCGGCCAGAAAUCGGCCCCGCACGUGGGCGAGUCCCACCGGCCUUCCUAGGAGAUCAAUAAAACUAGCUUUUCUACA